GAUUGACACACCUGUGAAUGAAUGGCGUCCUGUGAGCAGCUGUUUUCUUCAAACGUCACAUUCAGCAAGCGCUAAACUGAAGUGACUGAGACGCAUCACACCUCGACAUGUGGGAGGCUGUGCAAAGCCAUUCAUUCAGCUCAGGGUGGAAUGGAAGAGAAUUUCUUACUCAAAUGUUUUUGUGCUUUAAUGUGUUUACCGUUCAUAAACUUUCCAGAUAAGUUUGACCCACAUCAAUGAAAAGUUGACACCGGUAUUUUGGGACAACCACCUCUGCUCUGAGUGUUCUUUUGUUUGAUACAUUUUAUUUAACCAGGAUAAGCAUGGGUCUUAAGUGUCCCUCUGGUCAGCCCAAAGCUCUUUAGAGGCCCACAUUUCUCUGCCUCAGGUACAAAUGAACCUUCACGUUCACCGUGUAGCAAAGAGGUUUCUCUUUUUCAGCAUGCUCUUGGGAUGGCAACGCUUUGUUAGACUGCUUUGGACCAGACUGGAAUAUCUCAACUAUGAUGGAUGUUCGUAUACAGACUCAAACCUCAAUGUUUUGAAUUUCUCCAUUCUGUUUUAUAUAUAUAUUAUUAUUAUGAAGAAUUGCUGAAUUACAAAUUACAGCUCGGUAUGCCUUUUCUUUUUUUAGCUUUUCAUUUGAUCAGUGUUUUCAAACUUAUAACACAUUUAGCCCGAUUUGUCUCUAAAGGCCUGUUAGUGUUCUUUAGUAAGAAGUCAUACAUUGCUUCCCUUUUUUUAAUGUGUUACAGGAAUCAUCUUGACUCAAGUACUAAAAGUGAACAGUAUCUGGCACAUGUGUUUGUCUGAAUAAUGAAAUCUUUGAGUGGUCCGUUACCACGAAGCCUUUCUAACUACAGAACCUGUGAACACUGCAGAAUGUACCAGAAGUGAGUGUUCAGUAUGUGUAACUGAUGAGGCCAAAGGUGAAGUCAGUUUAUUAUCUAGCACCUUGAAGUCUCAACAGGAAGUCAUUGGAGAGAAUCAAGUGAUGCUUUAUUAGGCAAUGUUUAAGUGAAGAACCACUUCAGGGACUUUUCUGAGAACAUAAAGAUGUUACAAUAAACCAUAUUGUUAAAAAUAGAAGUUCUUUCUAAGAUGCUUCAUGCAGCUGAAACAGGAACUAAGAUUUAAAUACUUUUUAGUUGCAGGUUUUUAAUGCACUUAAUCUUUGAUGGAAGUUGUACAUAAUUAAACUAAUGAUUAAACUAAUGACUUUUACAAUGGGCCAUCAUUAUUUAACUGCCGAUAUUAACAAGUAAUACAGACCAUUCACAUGCAUGCACAUCACUCUGCACGUAAUGUAUCAUGCCUACAAUGUAGAAGGAUAGUUUGUACAUAGAAUGUUUGGUUUCUUACAGUGACACAAUUUUCUCAAGCAGCCAUAUGGUACUUCCCCUUUCUCAGUUGUUCACCCCUUCACAGUCUUGUACCUGAUCUAAUAAAUAAAUAAAAUAAGACUUGGUUCACUUCACUCUUUAGUAUUUAAGUUGCACAUUAUCAACAUGAUAUAUUAAAUACACAUAUGAUAUUUUGGAGACUUUAGGUCCAAGAGAGGCAGUCUAAGUCAGAUCACUUGUAGAGAAGCUUCCUGGAAACUUGAUGUAGCGCAAAGAGGGAAGAAAGUGCAAAAGGAGGAAGAGUCAGUUCAGAGCUGAGAGACUCGGCAGAGAUCACUGUAGAGAGAAGAGGGAGAGAGAACGAGACAACAAGAGGAAAAGACACCGACUGUCGUAAUCAUCGAAUCAGGAUGUUUGUUCUGAUCUGGGCGACUCUUCUCUUCUUUAUCAGAGGCAUCGCUGCUGAAGCAGGUGCAUCAGUGGGGUUAACAACACGCUGUGACUAUGGAUUCUGUAUCACUCUUAGUGAAGCAGAAAUAACAGCAGAGGCUGGACUCUGUGUUGUGAUACCAUGUUCUUUCAGUACUACUUCAGGCUUUACACCCCAACACUUAGUUUGGUACAAAUGUGAACCAUUGAAAUCAAAAUGUGGCGAUUCUGACAUUGUAUUCCACACCAACAAGAACAACAACAAAACUCAGUCCAGGUUUAUGGGACGGAUUUCACUGUUGGAGCCUGAAGUGAGUCAGAAGAACUGCAGCAUCAUCAUCAACGACCUCACUGUGUCAGACUCUGGAUCAUAUCGGCUCAGAGUUAAUGGUGUUAAGAAUGAUGGGAACACAGAUGGAUAUACAUUCACUUACAAAAGCAGCUGUCUCUGUCUGAUCCAGAAGCCCACAGUGGUGAUUCCUCCUCUGGCAGAGGGACAGCAGACCACACUGAGCUGCACUGCUCCUGGUCUCUGUUCUGGAUCUGAUCCCAAAAUCACCUGGACGUGGAGAGGAGCAGAAGAGAAGGACUCUCACAUCACAGGAAACAUCCCUGCUUUCAAGACUGAACACCUGACUGCUGUCACACAGAGACACAGCUCAACUCUGACCUUUAACUCUUCAGCUGAACACCACGGCACCAACGUUACCUGUAAGGUCAGCUUCACAAACAACAUCACUGCAGAGGAGACAUUGACUCUGAAUGUGACCUCUUUUCCAAGGAUCUUAAAUGGCUCUGGAUGUGCGCUUCAGUCGGAGGUUCUGACCUGUGUGUGUGUCAGUGAGGGGAUUCCUUUACCCACCAUCGAAUGGCCGCUGUUGGAGACUCGCACUGAAUACUCCAUCACUACCAAUGUGUCAAACCACACAGUCAACAUGAGCUUCACUGUAUCUGUAAAAGAUCACACUACACCACUGUCGAGUGUGUCAGCAGGAGUGAUGCUGGACGAGCAGAAGAAAACCUCAUGGUCACAGAUGUGUCAAAACAAGACGAAGAUGUGUUCCUCUCCUUUCCGGAUCUACUCAUUCAUUUUUUAAUAGCUUUUAAACUGCCACAAGUCAUCGUUGCGUUUCUAAUUGGGAUUCUUCUUUCAACAUCCAUCUGCUGUUUGGCCAGAAAAUGCGAAAG